CGACAGAUCAUGUCCCUUGGUCGACUGGCUUCAGCUGUUCCUUGUGGGGCGCCAUGCCCUGCCCUCCAGGCUGGUCCUCCUCAGCAUCUCAGUGCUACACGAGCCCGCCGGUUGAGGGCACGUGGCUCGAGUGCGCCGCGCUGUGCACCAGCCAUUCUUGGCGAGGGUCGCCCGCGGCGCUCGCGGUCGCGGACUCAGCGGGCACUGGCACUGCUGCAGCCGGCGUUGCGGCCUGGACCGGAGCCUUUGCUCCGAACGCCAACAUCUCCGGCUGUGCCUACCUUUCUUCGGACGGUGGGCUGCUCGAGGCUCCGUGCCUCGCCCUCUUCCGCUGCGUCUGCCAGUGGCCUGUGCCGCCGUCGGUGUUUGCGUGCUCCUCCGACGGCCCGUGUUCGCACGCGGGCCUCGACCACGAGGCAGCGGUGCAGGCGCUCGAAGCAGCAGAGCGGGCUGAGAUUCACAGGCAGCAGCGUCCCUACCUCAACGGCGUCGCACUCCUGGCGCUCCUUCCCACGCUCGCCAUCCUCGUGGCCAUCCUCGUGAGCGCAGCCUCAAAGACAUGGAGGGACGCGCGCUUCGCCGCCGCGCUACAGCUCGGCUCGCGGACGCGGCUGAUGGAGCCGGCCACCGACCCGGCCACUCGGUACGUCGCGCGUGCCGUCGAGAUGCUCCGGGCGGCGCGGCGAGCGGCGGUCUUCAACCGGCUGCGCAUCUCUGCGCCUUGUGCCUGCGCCGGCUUGUUCUUGCACGUGGCCGGGCUCACGCCCUACCUGCUGCCGCCGCCGGCAGAGAGCCUCUCGUACGGCGCUCCGAUUCGGAUCGGGCAGCCGCUCUUUGUCCUCUCGCCCCUCACGCCCGCCAUCCUGCUCGUCCUCCUCUCGCUGCUGCCGACCGACGGCGUCGCGAUCCGCAGCCUCGCCGGCUUCAUCUGCGUGCUGAUGCUCGCGCUGCUGCCGCCCGCCGUGCUCGACGCGCUCGCCAUCAGUUCUGACGCGGCGCUCCAAGGUGGGGGCAUCACGGCGGGGGUGGCUGCGCGGUCCGCAGUGGCUUGGGCCAACGUGCUCUUCUACCCGGGCGCCGUGUUCGCCCUCCUCCCCAUUGCCGCAGCCUCCUCGCGCCGGCUGCCGCCGCGACGUGCACUGCUCCGGCUCGUGACAGUGGUGCGCGUCCUCUUCGUGGCGACGGCGCUAACCACGGCGGCCAACGUGACCGCCAGCGUGCUCGCGCACCCGGUCUGGCCGAGCGCCACAGACCCGCAGCGAUACUGCCAGGCCGUCGAGGCGGCCGGCUUCCUGCUGGCCACGAUGCUCUCGACGCCGCGCUGCCGCCGCGGCUUCCACGGCUGCCUACUCCGUGGCGGGACGGGCAACCGCCGAGCGGGGGCGCUGAUUGCGGCGCUGCUGGGCAACCGCAGCCUGCGGCGCGCGCUGCGGAAGGCGGCAGAGCGCUUCCGGUGCGUUGCAGUUGACGAGGUGACGGAGGAGGACUUGCUGUCCCCGCGAGACACCGGCUUGCACGCACGUUCGGUGCGCGCGUCGCUGGGGCAGGUGGACGCGUUCGUGUCUCACAGCUGGGGAGACGACGGCACGUGCAAGAUGGCCGCCUUGCGCGAUUGGGCGAGCGAGUUCGAGGCGGCGCAUGGGCGGCGCCCGACCGUGUGGCUUGACAAGGGCUCCAUUGACCAGACGUCCGUCGCGGCCGACCUCGCGGGCUUGCCGCUGUACCUCCUCGGCUGCCGCUCGCUGCUCGUCCUCGUGGGCAACACCUACGGCUCGCGGCUGUGGUGCGUGAUGGAGGUCUUCGCGUGGCUGCAGAUGGGCGGGCGGCGGGAGGACAUCCAGAUUGUGCGACUCGGCUCGCGCUGCUCGCUCGCCGACGACCUCUCGCGAUUCAGCCUUGAGUCGUCGCGGUGCGGUCUCGCCGCCGACCGCGAACGGCUGCUCGGAGCGAUCGAGGCGGCCUUCGGCGAUUUCCAACCCUUCAACCGCUGCAUCCGCGAUAUUUUUGCGGCGGACGACCGCGGUGAAGCGCGGGUCUGCAUUGGCGCGAGUGAAGGAGAGAAGACGUAACGAGGGGAGCGAUGUGAUGCGUGAGGCAGAGGCCUGAGGGGUGGGGUGACGGCAAGCAGAGAAUCUGUCACUUCUUGUGUUUUUUUAUUUAUGUGUAAAAAGGGUUUGCAAAAA